AUGCGGCCGCCGCCCGGGGCCGGGGUCGUCUGCCGCGGUGGCUGCGGCUUUUCCCGGUUUUUGGCGUGGUGCUUCCUGCUGGCCCUGAGUCCGCGUGCCCCCGGCUCCCGGGGAGCCGAAGCUGUGUGGACCGCGUACCUCAACGUGUCCUGGCGGGUUCCGCACACCGCAGUGAACCGCACCGUGUGGGAGCUGAGCGAGGAGGGCGUGUACGGCCAGGNAGAUUCGCCGCUCCAGCCUGUGGCUGGGGUCCUGGUACCGCCCGAUGGGCCAGGGGCUCUCAAUGCCUGUAACCCGCACACAAAUUUCACGGUGCCCACGGUCCCGGGGGACUGGGGACGCACCGUGCAAGUCUCUUGGUUGGCCCUCAUCCAGCGCGGAGGGGGCUGCACCUUCGCAGACAAGAUCCAUCUGGCUUAUGAGAGAGGGGCGUCUGGAGCCGUCAUCUUUAACUUCCCGGGGACCCGCAAUGAGGUCAUCCCCAUGUCUCACCCGGGUGCAGGAGACAUUGUUGCCAUCAUGAUUGGCAAUCUGAAAGGCACAAAAAUUCUACAAUCAAUUCAAAAAGGCAUACAAGUAACAAUGGUCAUCGAAGUAGGGAAAAAGCAUGGUCCUUGGGUGAAUCACUAUUCAAUUUUCCUUGUUUCUGUGUCCUUUUUUAUUAUUACGGCAGCAACUGUGGGCUAUUUUAUCUUUUAUUCUGCUCGAAGAUUGCGGAAUGCAAGAGCUCAAAACAGAAAGCAGAGACAAUUAAAGGCAGAUGCUAAAAAAGCUAUUGGAAGGCUUCAACUCCGUACACUGAAACAAGGAGACAAGGAAAUUGGUCCUGAUGGAGAUAGUUGUGCUGUGUGUAUUGAACUGUAUAAACCAAAUGACUUAGUACGCAUCUUAACCUGCAACCAUAUUUUCCAUAAGACAUGUGUCGAUCCAUGGCUGUUAGAACAUAGGACUUGUCCCAUGUGCAAAUGUGAUAUACUCAAAGCUUUGGGAAUUGAGGUGGAUAUUGAAGAUGGAUCAGUAUCUUUACAAGUCCCUGUAUCCAAUGAAACAUCUAAUAGUGCCUCUCCUCAUGAAGAGGAUAAUCGCAGUGAGACUGCAUCAUCUGGAUAUGCUUCAGUUCAGGGAGCAGAUGAACCACCUUUGGAGGAACAUGUGCAGUCAGCAAAUGAAAAUCUACAGCUGGUAAACCAUGAAGCAAGUUCUGUGGCAGUGGAUGUUGUUCCUCAUGUUGACAACCCAACCUUUGAAGAAGAUGAAACUCCUGUUCAAGAGACUGCUGUUCGAGAAAUUAAAUCAUAAAAUCUGUGUCAAUAGAAAGCUUGAACCUUUAGUUAUAACAGAACUGCCAAUCAAGGCCUAGUUUGCUAUUAAUGAACUGGAUAAAUUAAUAAAGUAAGAAUGAUACUGAAAGUGCUGAGAUGACUAAUAUUAUGCUAUACUUAAAUGGCUUAAAAUAUUUAACCUAUUAACUUUUUUUCACAAACUCAUUAUGUUUUUCAUAAGCUAGUUUCCUCUCAAUAGUGAUAGCAAGAUUUUUAAACAUUCAAAACUCUCUUCAAGUAGUCAUGUUUUUCAUUUAUAACAAUUUUCUUAUAAAAACAUGUUGCUUAUAAAAUGUGAAGUAGCUAUAAUCAUUUUAUUUUAUAAUAGUAUCUUAAUUAAAAAUACUACUACUUUAGCUUGGGUUAUAUGUGUCAGGGUUUUUCUCCAGGUGCUUAUAUUGAUCUGGAAUUGUAUUGUAAAAAGCAAUGCAGACUUACUAGUACUUCAUGAAAUGUCUAUUUAAGCUACAUUAAGUUGAUAGAACAAGAUUAAAGCAAAACAAUCAUUUUAACUGUUCUUUUUUUAAAAUUAGGCUAAAUGUACUUCAUGUAAGUGUCGAGCAUAGUUUAUCAGAUGAAUAUGGACUGGACUGGAUUGGUUGGUAUAUUAGUGACACUAAUUUGACACAAAAUUAUAGACAAAAAGUUUCCUUACAAAACUGCUGUAUAACUAUUUCUUAAACUUUAUUUAUGGGAUUUUCAGAAGCAGAGUAUAUAAAUUAUCAUACCAGUUGAAAAUGAUGUCACACAAAAAUUGGUAAUUGAUCUUUGUAUAUGAAUUAGUCUACAGAAAGUCUGUAGAAGAUGUUUUCCAAACAAUGUUGACUUUGAAAACUGAGUUUAUAUUUUACCUAAAUGAGAUAAAAUUAUAUUAGGUAAACUAAAAUUCUGUCCAUGUAGCUAUAAAUUUUGUGAAUGCAUUUUCUUGGUGUUUGAAAAAGAAUUGAGGGAGGGGAGAGAAUUCCAGGUGCCUUAAUAUAAAGUUAGAAGCUUCAUCCACCAAAGUUAAAUAGAGCUAUUUAAAAAUGCACUUUAUUUGUAUUUUGUGGCUUAUCUUUGGUUUUAGAGUUUUGUUUCCAGUGCAGAUUCCAGCAGAAUUUAAGCAAAAGCAGAACAGACAUGUAUUUUUUUGUUUGUUAAAUGUAGAAAUGUAGAACAGAUGAAACCAUUGCAUUCUUGUAUACUGAUUUGAAAUGCUGUAAAUAUGUCCUGAUUUGUAUUGAUUCUCUUUAAAUAUAAAAUGUAAAUAAAAUAUUCCAAUAAAA